CGUGGCGCCGGCGGCACCGAAGCGCGCGCAGGCGCAGGAGCGCUGCGGGAACCAAUGGCGGAAAUGGACCUGGUCGCCGAGUUCCCGCAGCCUCCCGGUGCUGCGCGCUGGGCGGAGGUUAUGGCUCGCUUCGCGGCCGGGCUGGGCGCACAGGGCCGGCGGGUGGUGUUGGUCACGUCAGGCGGCACGAAGGUCCCACUGGAAGCGCGGCCGGUGCGCUUCCUGGACAACUUCAGCAGCGGGCGGCGCGGCGCAACCUCGGCCGAGGCCUUCCUGGCGGCCGGCUACGGGGUCCUGUUUUUGUACCGCGCUCGCUCCGCCUUCCCUUAUGCCCACCGCUUCCCACCCCAGACCUGGCUGUCGGCUCUGCGGCCUUCUGGCCCAGCCCAUAAGGGUUUGCUGAGCCUGGAAGCCGAGGAGAAUGCACUCCCGGGGUUCGCAACGGCUCUGCGGAGCUACCAGGAGGCUGCGGCUGCCGGCACCUUCCUGGCGGUAGAGUUCACCACUUUGGCGGACUAUUUGCAUCUCUUGCAGGCUGCAGCCCAGGCGCUCAACCCGCUAGGUGCGUGCCCUAGGAGUACAUCUGUUGCCUGGAGGCCGAGCCUUUCUCCCCAGUCAUUUAUCCCCUUAUCUCCUGCUUACCCUUGGGUCUCGGUUGGGGAACCCGAGUUAACAGGGAGCUUGUCUUAUACCCCUCCCGAUUUGUUACACGUUAUGCUUCUCUUUGCAGGCCCUUCUGCGAUGUUUUACCUGGCUGCGGCCGUGUCAGAUUUCUAUGUUCCUGUCUCUGAAAUGCCUGAACACAAGAUCCAGUCAUCUGGGGGUCCACUGCAGAUAACAAUGAAGAUGGUGCCAAAAAUGCUUUCUCCUUUGGUUAAAGAUUGGGCUCCCAAAGCAUUUAUAAUUUCCUUUAAGUUGGAGACUGACCCCUCCAUCGUAAUUAAUCGUGCUCGGAACGCUUUGGAAAUUUAUCAUCAUCAAGUGGUGGUGGCUAAUAUCCUUGAGUCACGACAGUCCUUUGUGGUUAUUGUAACCAAAGACUCGGAAACCAAGUUAUUGCUAUCAGAGGAAGAAAUAGAAAAAGGCAUAGAGAUAGAAGAGAAGAUAGUGGAUAAUCUUCAGUCUCGACACACAGCUUUUAUAUGUGGCAAAAACUGAAGUAAACAGCCCUUAUAGGAUCAAAAAUUGUUCAGGGCUCUUACAGAUGGUGAGAGUUAUUAAUAAAUCCUUUGCUUUCAUAAGGACAGAGAAAAUGGAGGAAAGGGAAAAAUAGUGGUGUGCAGGCAAUAUGGUUUGGUAUCACCUGACACCUGAAUGUCAUCUUGAUUUUGAAAUUGAACACUAGAGCUCUUUCUCACCUUUUUAAAAAAGAGCUUAUUGGGAAUUAUAUAUUCCUCAAAAUAUGCUUGGGGGCCUGAAUAUCAGCCUUCUUCAUACUAUAAAAAGAGGAUUAUGGAUGCAUGAGUGGUCAUGCUUUGAAGAUUAAAUAUCUGUUGAGUGCCUACUAUGUGUCGGGCCCUGUGCUGAGCUAUGAGAAUUAAAAAGAUGAGUAAACAUGUUCUGUUUGGGAAAUGGAUGUAUGUGAAAUUAAGUGCAAUAAAGUAUAUACCCAAAAGCUGGCACAAUGGAAAGGA